AAUUAUUAGCUUUCCAAUUAUUCAGUUUUUCAUUUAUAUUUGUGUUUCAUUUUUGAUUCAGAGGAGAAUUUUAGGGUUUCACAGUUUUUGUUGAAUCAUCUGCAAUCGUCAGGGAUCUCUUUUCUGAUUUAAGACAAUGAAGAAAGGCGUCUCUAUGUUGAACCCUUAUGCAGCAUCUUACAUACCUCUGUCUAAAAGAGAAGAGCGUACACAGAAGCAGGUUGAGAAAUCUUCUUCUGAUUCUGGUGUCUCUGGAUCUUCAUCACAACAUCCAAAUGGACUGACAGGGAAGCUGGCGAUUAAUGAAGAAUUUGACAUUUUGGAAUUUCUUAAAACAUCAUUUCCUCGCAUGUCAGAUGAGUCCCUUAAUGAAGUCUACCAGGCAAGCAAGGGCGACUUGGACGCCACAGUCGACAUGCUGAGCCAUCUUGAGUUUGACGAUUUUGAGUCUCCUGAAAACCUUCCUGAUACUUUGGACAUCGGGGAUGUUUCUGAAUUGGGUUCUGUAGCCGAGUGCUCGUCUGUGAAACAAAAGAAUGUUGUGGGUGAAGCCAGUGCCUCAUUGUCUGGUUCUCCAGCUUCAGUGCCCGUCAAUGUCACUUGAAUGACGUGGUAACUUGUUCAAUCCUUUGACAUUCAUGAAUUGGUGGAUAGCAAGUACAUAAAUAGGAAAUAUUUACUUUUGAGGUGGGAGAAAUAUUAUACAUAUGGGUGUAUAGUUCUCAGGUGCUUUAUUCCGAAAUGCUCCCUUAUUUUCUGGGUUCUUACAUGGGUGAAACAAGGCUCCUUUGAGCGAUAAGCUUGCAGGUUGUAGUUUUUCUGAAAAAAUGGAAGUGAAAAUAUUUUGCUGGUUGACAGUCGUCUUCUUUUUGGUUUUUGACAUGGUAUGCUUUUGUCAAAGAAAGGCUUGAAAAGAAAAACAUUGGUUGGGAUAUUUUACAUGUAAAGCUUGAAAUUAGUCUAAUGAAAUAGAUAUGAUUUGAAAGCUA